AUGAGUGAUAAUAAUACCGAAAAAAACUCCAGAUCUUCUUCUAGAAGCUAUGACUAUGCAGAUGAUUCAUGGGUACCAAAGAUCAAGCGUAGGCGUAGGUUUACAGCGGAUGAAACCAAAAUUUUAGAGGGAGAAUAUGACAAAAAUCCGAGUCCAAACCAGGACAAAAUCCAGACAAUAGCAGAUAUUAUCAAAACACCUCGAAAAAUUGUUACAACAUGGUUCCAAAACCGUAGAGCAAAAAAUAAGAGAAAGGAAAAAACGAGAAAAGAAGAGAACGCAAAGGGCAAGCUUCGCGUUAAAUGUGCUAUAAAAGACGAUGACAACUAUAUCGACGAGGAAAAUGAAACAAGCUCUGAAAACUAUGAUGAUGAUCUCCAAGAUGAAAUGUAUCAUGGCGAUAAUAGCAGUAGCAGUAGUCAACCUAAUUAUUAUACAUUAAAUCAGCCAGAAAUUGCUUUGGACGAUGAAGGGUUCGAUUUAAGCUACGAUACUAGCAAUUUGAUUAUACAGGCUCCGUCGACUACUCAACUUUUACAUAGAGCAGACCCUAUAUUUUUUCAGAAUAAUAUCUUUAAUCAAUAUGAUGGUGGCUUUCACAAUAAUCAGCAGUAUAGCAUUAAUAUAUAUAACAACAUGAAUAACUACUUUCAUCUCAAUGAACAUAAUGAAGCAAAUGACUUUAGGGGAACUAGAAACAUGCAUAAUUUGAAUCAGUCACAAUGGCAGAACUUUUUUUAUUACCAGCCAUAUCAAGUUGAAUCCCCCUUUUUUAUUAAUAAUAAUAUCAACAGAAGCAUGAUCCCAUUUUUAAUGAACAACAUUCCAUCGAUGCCUAUAGACGCUAUACAUCCUGAACUUUAUAUUAAUCCGGUGGAUCUAUGCUUGAAUUAUUACACGCCACCACGACAUCAACAGACGGAUAAUCAAGAGGAGCAUGAUUGA